UUUCCGGGCGCUCAGUGCUGACUCUCGCUUCCGCCGGGCGAGCCGGGCCGCAGCGAUGAAACUGUUAGCUCUUGCUGUGUUUGCCCUGCUGUCUGUUGCUCACAGCGAGGAGGGAGCCAGGCUACUCGCCUCUAAAUCUCUGUUAAACAGAUAUGCAGUGGAGGGCAAGGACCUGACUCUACAGUACAACAUCUACAAUGUUGGCUCCAGCGCGGCUUUGGAUGUGGAGUUGUCGGAUGAUUCUUUCCCCCCGGAAGAUUUUGGCAUUGUCUCUGGAAUGCUUAACGUCAAGUGGGACAGGAUUGCUCCAGCCAGCAACGUAUCUCACACUGUGGUCCUGAGGCCCCUCAAAGCUGGCUACUUCAACUUCACCUCGGCUACCAUCACCUACCUGGCACAGGAGGGAGGGCAGGUUGUGGUUGGCUUCACCAGUGCUCCUGGGCAGGGAGGAAUCCUGGCUCAGAGAGAGUUUGACAGGAGGUUUUCCCCUCACUUUCUCGACUGGGCAGCUUUUGGUGUGAUGACCCUUCCCUCCAUCGGAAUCCCUCUGCUGCUGUGGUACUCGAGCAAGAGAAAAUACGAUACCCCCAAGACCAAGAAGAACUGAGGAAAGCCAAAUGCAGCCAGCACCCAGAGCUUAGAAUUACAGUGUACUCGGAGUAGCAGCAAUCAACCCUCCAAAUCAAGUGACUGGGCCACCGGUUCAGUGCUGGCAGGGGAGGGAUUUGUAUAAUUCUUGUGGCCAGUCGCUUUCUUGAGGUUUUUUUUAACCCUUUCUCAGCAGAUCUGGAGCAAAGACCUCUCCGGUUCUGUUGUAAUUAAGUUCCAGACGCAGCUGCAGUACAAGAACGCUAAUAACGCCCAAGGAGUGUGGGGGCGAGAGCCUUUCUGCAGCAUCACCCUUGCUUGCCGAAUGCCAGUCACAUGUGGCCAGAUCUCCUCAUGCCACAAUCCUCCUCGAUCUUAGAUCAGCCCAUCACCCUCGCUCCCCAGCAUUUUAUGCUUCUUGCAACUGUCACUGAGAGGAUUGAUCAAGUGACGGUAACGGAGACCUCCUUUCUAUGCAGGUUUAUUAGUGCCCUUCCCUCUCAGCCAAGCGGCAGCCUAUGAACCCCCAUAGAAAGAUGCCUGCCCUAGAGAGAAUGUUGGCUACGUUGUUCUAUUUUGGUGAGCAAUUGACCGCCAUGUUUCUGUUUUUCUGAUUACUCUGUUGAGAAGUGUGUGACUGUAUGCACCAAGGGUUUUAUAAUAAAAUGAACACCACA